AGGAGGUCGGAGGCGGAAGAGGCAGUUUCGCUUUUUUAACCCGUUUUCGGUUUUAGUGAACCGCUAGUUCGGUCCGAGUUCAGUUACAAGAGGAUGCUCCUGAAGGACUUAACAUGAUGCUUUCGCACCCAGUACUCCUGGGCUUGUUUUGGUUGCUCCUGCUUAGUUCAACGAGCGGUCAAUCACAUGUAAGCACCAGCGAGACGAACAAAGUAUAUUCCUAUUCCUACCACAUCCAACAUAAUGGGACAACCAACUCUAAAGAAAUCCUCAGGCGUGUGCUUGGUGUGGACCCCGAAAUAGGCAUCGACACUCCCGAUGAAAAAGCCAUCGUCAAGACGUUCUCAAGUCCGAGCAUUCGCGGUUUCUUCACCAAGGGAGUCCUUCCGGCUGGCCCCUUGUCUCGAAGCUUCAACCCCAUCUUCCGCAAUCCUGUAAGCACCAACCCAGCAAUCGAUGAAAUAAAGAAGGUUGCCGUGAACAACUUGCAACCGCCAAAUACAAACAUCAUCACGGGUUUACUUCCACCAAUUUCACCGGAUAUUUCGCGAGAGUUCCCUGGAGACUUUAACGGUGUCAACCACUUGGGAAACGAUUACCAAAAUCGAGAUGAUUUCCCGAAGAUUCCUCCGCCACCGCCACUCAUCAACAACAACGGUGUUUCUCAGGUUCAGAGUUUUGCCAAAAACACCCCCGACGGCGGUAAGAUCGUAGGUGAAGUUGAAACGUACGCAUUCAAUCCUCCACCUGUGGUCAAUUCUGGAUAUAGACAUCAAGAAAAUGCUGAAGGAUUUCGCAGAAAUGAAAAUAUUUUGAACGAUAGGGAAGAAGUCACCGGGCACAGAACGCAGUCGUAUUUCAAGCAGCAGUUUCGAACAGUAACUCCAAACUUAGAAGGCCAUAAUUUUCCAUCUAGUAACAGAAUUGACAACAACAACAACAAUAACAAUCAGUGGUGGAAUGUUCUCAACGUCUUUGGCGAAAGAACUAAUUAUGAUCAAAAUUCCGGUAAUUUGAAUCAACAGACAAAUUACAAUAAUCCGCGUCGUAUGAAUAUAAUUCCAAAACCGCACAUCGAUUCCGGUUUCACAAAUCUUCGGAAGGAAGACUUAAGCAAUACCAUCAACAACAAUAUCAAUCAGAUUACGAGCAAUGUUAACGACCAGCUAAAUAGAGCCUUCGGUAGCAGGUUAAGUGGAUUUAACCGACAAAAUGGCUAUCAAAACAGGCAAGGAGCUAAUGCACACAAUUCAUAUUCUUAUCGAAAUCAAGACGGCAAUGCGAACAAAGCUGUUAACUUGGAUUUUCCCAUGAAAUUUGAGCCCAUUGCUGUUGUCAAUAACGAACUACCACGGAAUACUAAUCCAACUUUCUCAAACAUAAAUAACAAUAACGUUUACCAUAAUCUUCAGAAUUCAAACAAUGGAUACAGAAACGAUCAAAGCAACCAAUUCCAUGAGAAUGCAGAAAACCUCAUCCAGGAUGUUAAUUCUCAACUGAAAAAUUUACAUGACAGUGCCGCGCCAAUUCUCAAUAAUGUAGGCUUAACUUGGGAUGAUGACAUGCGUCAAAAUAUUAACAACGACUGGAGUAGAAGACAGCCAAACAAUAGACCUUUCUCGAACGGUCAUUCAGGUCCUUUGUACAAUCCUCCAGUUCCAAUCAAGCCCGUUAAUUUUUUCAAAUCAACUUUAGAAGCUUUGGUAGGAGGAAGGGAUUUCAACAAAGAAUUCCAAAUUCCACCGAUAGGAGGUUCCCAAGGCGGAAGUUACCAUAAUUCUGGAGGAGGAGGGGUGGAAAAGUUUUUCGGUAUCGAUAAGAUUAUGGAAGGACCCAACUCGUACAGUCGUAAUCAACAACGAAGGUACGAAAGAAAUUUCCAAACGAACUCCAACAGUGGUUUCGAAAGAACUAACCAGUGGUCAGGAAACAGUCUAAGGCGAUUAGAUGCCCAAAGCUCUAAAGAUGAUUUCAGCAAGGAUUUCAUUGAUGUUUUCAGAGACGAUUAUUGAAAGCCAGUGAAAAGUUGAACCCAGUGCAUUAAAUCUCGAUAUUAGUAUUAUUUAAUUUAAAAAUAAAUUAUCCAUGCAAAAUUUUCAGCUACCUUUGAUUGAAACGAUCCUGGUUUUAAUCAAUCUUGUGAUCACAUGAAGUAUAUAUUUAUACCUUACAUUUAAAAUACAAAUCUGAUUUUCCGUAUUUUUUAACUCAUGUGCAAUGAAGCCAAACACAUUUUGAUGAUUUGUUAACUGUAUCAGUAUGUUUCAGUUAAAGGUGAAAGAAAAAAGUGCAUGUUUUAAGCUUAAAAUAUGAAAGCUUUUGAAAAGCAUCUCAAAUAGAACGGGGAAAAAUGAUUUUCCAUUAUUUAAUUGUUUUUUUUUUUUUUUUUUUUGUAAAUUCUAUGUUGGUUAUGCGUCGAUUCCUUUUCUAUGCUCUUGUAUUUUUGGAUCAAGGUUAUCAGCAAUAUGCUGGCUGCCAUUAAUUAACCUUCUAUUUUCCUUCAUAAAUUACUUUCAUAUUAACAGUAAACUUUUACCAAAUAAAUAAAGGCAAAAAAACAGGGUGUUAACUGUUUUAAGUGACUUAUGUUACGAAGUUUAACAUUUACUAGAUAAUGUGAUGCUUCGUUGUAGUUGGUUAUUUUAACUUAGUUGACGGUGAUUAACUAAGUUACAGUAACAAUUUUAGUACAACUCAAAAAAUGUUGUGCUCUUACGAAAAUUAAUUUCACCGUAUUUCUAUACUUCUUAAUCCGUCCAAAAGUUUAUGAAGAACCAAUUUCAGAUUCAAUUAUUGCAACAUUUUUAUGAUAUCUUCAAAGCAUUCCUGUUCUUCAUUAAAAAUACUUCACAGUUCCUUUGGUAGUUUACGACCAAAUUCAUUCAUGUGUGUGAUAUUUAUAAAGUGGUGAUGGUACAAACCGGGGGAGCAUUAUUGUAGUUUUGUGUAAUUUAAAAAAAUAUAUUCGAAAUCCUAUUUGCUAUUACAUAUUCUCAUAUUUAUUUAAAAUUAGUCUUGGAAUUUUUAACAAUAUUUAUUUCAGGGAAACUUUCUUUUUCUAUUGAAUAAACUAUAAAUUCUUCAUUUGGUGCUCUCCGUGUUAAGUGAUUCGGUAUUUGUUUUGUACUGUACAAAUGUAUAAAAUGAAAAAUUGU